AAGCCGAGGGCACACACUGUACCUGCAUUAGAAGAAUCUGUCGCUGCGUGCCCGACUUUUCCAGCUUUAUAUGUCACCUUCACCUUCUUCUUCGCAUUCCCCACCACAGCCACCUUGAAUCCAUUUACAAUGACGACGACAAAAACACUAGCCGGCUCCGGCGCCGCCCGCAUCAAUGGUACCCAUCCCCUUCUCUCCCGUCGUGUUUGCUUCUCCUUUGCCGCAUAUUCUAAAUCGAUCAUCAACCAUCUCCGAUCAUGCGGCGUCCCCAUCGACGCCGGCCUGUCCGACGAAGAAUUCACCGCCAUCGAAUCCACCCACCGCUUCCAGUUCCCGCCCGACCUCCGUUCCAUCCUUCGUGAAGGCCUGCCUGUCGGACCCGGGUUCCCCAAUUGGCGCUCCGCCUCGCCAAAUCAGCUCCAGAUACUCCUCUCCCUCCCUACAUCCGGCCUACUCCAUGAAAUUUCCCGUCCCGGCGGCGAUUUCUGGCCAUCGGCGUGGGGACCUCGGCCCGAAUCCCUUACCCAAUCAAUCGCAAUGGCCCGAUCCUUUCUAUCCAGAGCGGCGCAAUUGGUUCCAGUGUACCGCCAGUUCUACAUCGCCGCGAACCCUAAUGUGGCCGGUAACCCCCUUUUCUAUAUCCACGGCGGCGAUGUACGAUGCUGCGGGUUCGAUCUCGCCGAUUUCUAUCGACGCGAGGAGAUAUGUUUACUGCCGGCGGCCGCGCCGGCGUGGACUGCGAAGGAGCCGAGGAGGGUUGAGGUGUGGUCAGAGCUCGCUGGAAGCGGAGGCGGCGGUGGCGGAGAGAGCAGAAUGGAUAAGUUGAUGAAGGAGAUGGGGAGGAGAUUGAGGGAGGGAGGGUGGUGUGAGGAGGAGGUAAGAGAGAUGCUGAUGGCGGGAGGAUCGAACGGUUACGAUGAGAGUAUGGAUGGACAUCGAAAGGGUGUGAAGGAUCGAGAAGGAAUGAUGUGGCACGUGCGGGGCCUCGCACAGGUGAUGCUUCGUGCAGGGUGGAGUAAGGAAGACGUCGCAUACGCUUUAGGCGGGAGCGGACGGAAUGCCGGGAGCUUAACUGUCGCUGGCCACGUGGACCCAACAGUCUUCUCUUCAACGUCUAAUUAGAAAUUAGUAAUUACUAAUUACAAUUAAUAAUUAAUUAUCUGCUAAACUAACAUUUACUUGUCUAAAAAAUAAGCGGAAAUUAAAAUUUCCUUCACCUCUACGUUGUUAUUUAUUUAUUUAUUUAGGUGAAGAGGUGAGGGAAAUCAAAGCGUCACUUGUUUUUUAUUUAUUUUUAUUAUUUUCAACAAGUGUCAAUAAUAUAAACCGAAAGAUUUUAUUUAUUUAUCAAUCAUCAAAUUAAAUGAAGUAGAAAAUUUGUAGCAGAAAUAGUUGAAUAAAU